GAACUGGACUUGUCAGACAAGAAACAUAUCCCAGCAACUGAUUCAUGUAAAUGCAAAAUGUCUCCAUUCAACCAAGAAAACAAGAGCUUUUGAACACUUGAGCAAGACUUUAUCAACUGUUUUCUCUGCUCUUUUGACAUGGGAUUACAAAAGUGCAGCGGCUGUUUGAGUUGCCUGUUAAUCCCCCUGGCACUGUGGAGUAUUGUUAUAAAUAUUCUCCUAUAUUUUCCUGAUGGGAAAUCUUCAUAUGCCUCCAGCAAUAAUCACACCAUCUAUGUGUGGCAUUUUGAAGGAAUCUGUUUCUCAGGUAUUAUGAUUCUUAUUCUAGCAGCACUUCUGGUAAUUCUGGAUCGGGACGCCUUUUAUGAAUGCUUCCAAAGUGAAAGCUGCACCAGAACAUAUAGACGUUUCAUUUCUGUUGUGCUUUCCCUACUAGGGAUUGCAUUCUCUGGCUACAGUCUGAUCAUAUCUGCUUUGAGCUUAGUGCAAGGCCCAUACUGCAAAACCUCAGCAGGCUGGGAAUAUGCCUUCAAAAACACUGCAGGCAGCUACCUCAUGGAUCCUACUUCCUGGUCCCAAUGCACUGAGCCUUCUUAUGUAGUGGAGUGGAACAUCAUUUUGUUGUCUAUUCUGAUAGUUCUUAGUGUCCUCCAAAUCUUGAUCUGCUUUCUGAAAAUAAUUGCAGAAUUAAGGCAAAUCCUGUGUGGAAAUUAUCCCAUCUUUGUUCAGCCUGCACUGAUCUAACAGCCUUGGGGAAUGACUCUACCAUGACUCCAUCGUAUCCCUGAGCGUACAUUUUAAUAUUAAUUUUUAAAACAGGCUUUUCUGUUUCUGUGUUGACACAAGGAUUACCAAUGUUUUUCCAACGUAUUAUUUAUGAUGCUCCACACAUUUCAGCUAAAGUGUACAGUUUUUGGAUAGUCUGUUUUUCUUGUUGCCUGUUUGCAUACUCUUUCCCUUUCUUGCAUUUGUUAUAUAUCUAAAUUGCGAAGCUCUUGAAAAAUGAAGAUUUUUUUGUGUUUACCUAAUAUAAAGCACUUACAUAUCAUCGAUACUACAUGAGUGAAUAUUUGGUUCAUUGUACAGUCACAUUAUUGUGAACAACAGCAACUUUCUUAGUAAAGAGAUAGAUUACA